GGGGUUGUUACUUUGAAUUAAUCCGAGUGUUCAGUUCAUCAUGAAUGGUAAUAACAGCAAACAAGAUCAACUGUGCAGCGAUACUCCAUCAGAAAGCUCUCUAAACAAUCCUAUUUCAGAUGUAAUAAAUACUGAAAAUACAUGUUCAACAUACCUGAAAUCACCAUCGCCGACAUUAUUUCCAGUGCAUGCAUUCAACACUUUACAUUCUUUGUUAUCGCGACCACAUUGGCAAGUACCUGUUCUACCAGAUUCACAAUUGGAAACUGUACUAUUGGCAUCAAUCAAUAUGGCUAAACAUGGUGAAGAUAUUCAUUCACAAGAUUGUUUACGAUUUUAUUCAGAUGGUUUAAUUAGUUCUUUUCAGAAAAUAUUUCAUAAUGAUGCAGUUACUCGCUGGGAUUCACAUAUCUUACACUUUAUUUACGCCAAUUCUUUACUGGGUAUUGAACUGUGUUCCAUAAAAGCAAAAUCUGAUUGCCCAGCAAUAUUAGAAUUGGAAAGUAUCCUGUUUGAUCCUAAUUCACAGUUUCACACACGUAGUAUGAUUUCCACUAGUGUAACACACGAAAUUCGUUAUGGUGUUCAUAGGAAUGUUGUAUGUCGAUUUGAAGAUAUAAUUAAAUUAUUGCCACAUAUAUCAUUGUCAAACGAAAACGACAGUACGUGUCAACAACAACCAGGACAAGUCGACGAAGAUACUAAUCCCAUCGAGAAUAAUGAUCCUCUGACACCACACAAUACUGUUCAAAUAAAGGAAUAUUCUAUUUCUUAUGCAAAUUAUAAGGAUGCACCUAUUCUAGUGGAUUUUAUUAAUCUAUUUGGACGAUUCAGUGGAUUCGAUCGAUUGAAAGCACGUUUCCUUGAGUUAGAUAACAAGUACCACUGGGACCAGCAACAAAGAGAUGUGUUACAACAGCAGCUACAACAACAAUCAAAUGAUCAGACAGAAUUCUUAUCACUUGGUCUAAUACAUGCUUAUUUACAUCCUUUUGCUUUAUGUUCAAAUUAUUUAAGUGACUCAGUAGUUGAAGAAUAUUUCAAACCAAUAGUGACUCUUAUUGUCAAUUAUUUGUCUCAUUUAACUGAUGAUCAAAUUAAACGUGAAACUAAAAAGGAACUGCGUAAAGAUGAUUUCAUCACUAGUUUGAAACUGUCUUUAUGUACAUUAAUAAAACGUAUUCCAUCAUCAACGGAAGAUGAUAUUGAGACAAUUGAAUUACUCAGUCUUAAUUUAAUCUAUCGUUUCUUUCAGCUAUCUUCUUUCAAUGGGAAAAUGAACACACUGAACGAAUUAAUUCGUCUAUUACCUAAUACUAAUUCAUUACGAGUUGGUCAGUGGAUUACAGAUAUUAAGUUAUUAAAAUUAUUACUUCGUGAAAAUUUGCAUCAAUUACAAUAUGUGGAAAAAGUUGAAGAGAUAAUACGUUUUAUGAUUAGAAAAUUAUUAUUAACAUCAGAUGAUUUAGAUAUUAUAUGGGAAUCACAAAUUGGUAAACAUGAAACUAUCAUUAAAAAUAUAUUCAAUAUGUUAACUCGUUUAGCAUUGGAAUUUUCAAUGAAUCAAUUAAAUUAUUUAUUUAAUUGUUUUAAGCAAAGUUGGAAAAAAGCAACAAAACGUCAACGUGAACGUUUAAUUGAUUUGAUUACAAUGUUAGCUGAACAAGAUACAGAUGGUAUGAUGAUGCAAAAAACAUUAGAUCUUCUAUGGGAUUGGGCUAUUAGUUUUAAAUUUUCUACUGAUUUAAUGAAUGCUUCACUUAAAUCACAUGCAAAAAUUCUUAGUUGUAAUAAUAAGCCAUUCGUAUGUCAACUUCGGAGUGUUUGGCUUGGGAAGCUUGCAAGUUAUUUGAAAAUCGAACCAAACAACGAUGAAGGUUGUUUAUUACCUGCUGCAAAACAAUUCAUUGAAAUUGCCAACCUUUACAACACGGGUUCAUCAAAUGAAAAUACUUUAAUUCAAAGUAUAAAUCAACGACAUAAUGUUUUAAAAGCAGCUGUAGAUUGUAUCAUACAAACAAUGUGGUCAGUACAUGAAGAACGUUUAAAUGUAAUAAUAAAAAAUCAAUCUAUUCCAUCCAAAUCUCCGAUUUCAAUGAAUACAACGAAAAAUUUAAAUUCUAAUCUACAAUUAAUUAAAGUUAAAGAAUUAUUAAAACUUUUACGUUAUCUUAUAUUUCAAUGCCAUUUAUUAUGUACAGUAGAUUUAUUACAAGGAAUUUGGGAUUCAUUAUUGAAGCCAACAUUUCAACCAAAUUUAAUUGUAAACCAUCAUAUUUUAUUAAAAUUUCAAAAUCAAAUUGUAUUAUCAAAUGAUUGUGAUUUAUGCUUUAAAUGGUUUACAUUAUUUUUUAAUAAUUCUGUAUGGUUAAAAUGUCGUGAUUUUAUUUGGAAUAAUUAUUCAACAUUAAAUCCAAAAUUAAUGACAAAUGCUGGUGUAGAAUUUGUUGUUCAAUUAUUUUGUUGUAUCAAUUCGGAUAAUACAUGUAUUAUAAGUGAAUUGAAUGGAUUCAAUACAAUUAAAUUAUUAUCAAUGACAUCAUCAUCAGCAACAGCAAUAUCAACAAUUCUUCCUAAUAAAACAGAUUAUACACUUACUACACUUAAUAGUAAUUAUUCUAAUGUAACUAAGACUAUGACUACUAUGAAUACUACUAAAACUAUGACAACUACUACUUCAACAAGUAUUAAAUUCAUGAAUUUAAAACAAUUAUGGAAUUUUAUUUUAUAUUCAAAUAAAAUAGUUUAUCAAAGAAUAUGCAAAUUAUUAUUACAAUUAUAUACUAAUUAUAGUUCUACUAUAAAUUUAAAUAAACGUAAAGAAUUAUGCUUUAAUAUUAUGAAAUUAUGUUAUACAUAUAUUAAAACAGAAUAUAAUGAGUUAAUUUCUUCUAUCGAAAAACAAACAAAGUACGAAACAACAAUUUCAUCAAAACUAUCACCGUCAUCAUCAUCACCUACCUCAUUAUCAUGUGAUCCUGAAGUAAAAUCAGCUACAUUCAAACGUAUAUCAAGAAUUUUAAAAUUAUUGAAACGACUUACAGUUAGAAUGAAUUUAGAAAUGUUUAUUAAUGAUGCAAGUGAUGAUUGUAUUCCAUUGAAACGUUCAUGGAUUGGUUCAUCAUUUUUCUUAACAGUCACCUGUCAAGGUUUACCAAUUUUAUUUCCUACCAAUAGUAAUAACAACAAUAUUAGUGCUGAUGAUGAUAUUGUUGAUAACAAUAAACAAAUUUAUCUAUCUGAUGGUAAGACAAUCACGAUUACACUGAUUGUACAUGGAAAUCUGACUUUUGGUGAAUUACGUGCUUAUCUUUUAAAUUUUUGUCUACAUGGUUUCACAUCAAAUAACAAUUUCAAUGAUAACGGUAGUAAUGGUGGUGUUAGAGGUACCAGUGGUGGUAGUAGCAGUAGUAGUAGUGGUAUUCAAUGUCAAGAUAAUAAUAAUAUUCCACAUUCAAUGACAAAUUCAAUGUAUCAGUUAGAAUUACGUAUAAUAAAUGUGGAACAGACAACUUCAAAUGAUUGUAUAUUACAUCAUAAUAUUGAUAAUGAGUUGCUGGUGAAUUUAUUUUUGUUCUUUCCGAAUUGGACUAAGAAUUUCCUGGACAAUCGUGAUCAUAUAAAUAAUGAUAUUCCAUUUGUUCAUCUGGAAUUGUCCGCAAAAUUAAUGUUUACCAAUAACGAAUUAUCAUCGUCCACUACUGAAUCAUCAACUACAACACCUGGCUCUUUUCAAUUUUCUUAUAAUCUUAAAGUGUUUGAUAAUAUAGAAAUCAAUGCAACACAACAAAGUAGUAGCGAUAUUGCCCUAGGCCAUCUUAAUACUACUGACAAUACUACUACUACUACUACUACUACUACUACUGCCACUAUAAGUAACAAUAAUAAUAAUAAUUUUCUGGAAGACGACGAUCACUUACUGCCAUCAGAAUUAAAAAUAUUCGAUUCAAUAAUUGAUCGAAAUCUUGAACAAGAGCAACUUGCAAAUAAUAAUAAAUGUGAUAAUAAUGAUAGUAAAUGUGAUAGUUUAUUGAUAGAUAGUAAAUUGAAGAUAGACGACUCUGAUGUACUAAAAUGCAAUCAACAGUCGGAUGUUGAUCGCGAAGGCGAAUUCAUUUUAAAUAGUGAUCAACGUAUUGAAUUCUUAUUAAAUUUGAGCAGGAUUGCAUUAGCUUUAAAUCAUUCCAAUAUAAUUCAUAGUAUUAUGCAACUACUCAAUUGUAUGCCAUUGCAUAAAAAAUUAAUUAAAUUUAUUAAAGAUCAUUUAAUCCAGUUAGUUGAUAAGAAAAUUAUUGAACGUUGCAAUGAACCUAUCUUAUCACAAACAUGGUUUCAUCAUUUACUUACAAAACCAAAUGUAUCAACUGGAGUAUUUAAUUUAUUCAAUAAUAAACAAAUCAAUUUGGAGAAUACACCGAAUUACAUUGAAUUAUUGUAUACACUACAAGUUUUGUAUUGUUUAAUGAUGCCUAGUUGUUUAGUGAAACAUUAUCAUUUUAAUAAACUGAAUGAAGAUCAUAGUCAACUUUAUAAUCCAUGUAAUAGUAGUAAUAAUAUGUAUAAUUGUCAACGUUUUUUUCCUCCUAAUACUACUACUACUACUAUUAAUAAUAAUAAUAAUAGGAAUAUCAGUAGUAACACUAUGCCAAGGACAAUAGAUUUUACUACAAACGUUUUGUUUAAUCAAAUUCCAGAUUGGUCAGAUGCUAUAACUAUAACCCUGCUUCUACUUCGUGGUGGUGCCUUAAACCUACUUCUUUCGUCUCCACUUUUAGUAUCCUCCUUCACUCCUACAUCAUCAUUAAAUCAUAAAAUUAUUAACUGUGAUAAGAAUGAAAGAAAACGUCCUUUAUCCCAUGAUCAUUUACUCGAUUCCCGUUCUUCUUCUCUCACGCUUUCAUCUUUUGUUAGUAUUGUUAAUAAAAAUGAUGACAAUCAGAUUAUUUUCUAUGACACAACAGUUCAUUGGAAACUACUCUAUCACAUACGUCUAUGGCUGUUAAGAAUAAUUCGUGUAUUACUUAUUAGUACAGCUAAUACACUAGUAUUGUAUAACCUAGAUUCAAUAUCAGAUUAUAUGUGUAAUGUAUUCAAAAAGUCAUCAUUUUAUCAGUUAUUAAUUUCUCUGACAGUCGCUGUGAAAGAUCCUAGUUCCUGUCGGAAUGAUUUUUCAUUUACUAAUUCUUUACAACAAAAUCCACUAUCAUUGGUACAGCCGGUAUCAGAUAGUACUAGUACUACCACUACUGCAGCGAAGAUGAUAACAGAAAGAAAUACUGCUGGAAAUCUUGAUGCUACUGCUGAUAGUGAUGGUGAUGUUGUUGAUAGUUCAGAGCAUAAUAUUGAAUAUAUUUGUAAAUUACUACUUCAUACUUAUAAAUUAACUAGUAGUACAAAUCAUCCUGUACUAGGCGGAGAUUAUUUUCUACUUUUACACGCUUUACACGUUGCACAGUUGACGAUUGUAUCUAAUAUAUCCAUAAAUGAAGUGAAAAGUUACUGGUUUAAAAGUAGUAUAAAUAAUACUUUUGGAAAUCUUUUCUUAACUGGAUGGCAAACAAGAUAUGGUUGUGAAAAUUCAAUGGAAUAUUUAAAAGAUUUUAGUAUGAAACCUAAUCGUAUUGAUAAACUUUAUUCAUGUACAGGUAUAAAUAAUGUACAAGAGAAUAAUUUAUUAGAAGAUGGAUUGGCUUCACUGAAAAAUGAUCUGUCAGUUGAAUCCUUCUCUCAACUUGUAUUAACUGAAAAUAAAUUUCAAGAUAUCAAUGAAGAUAUCCUUCCUGUUAAUGAUACCGAACAAACAGUUACUAAUAAUCUAUCCAGUUCAACUCGUUUAUCUUCAUCGGCAAUAUCUUUAUUAUCGUGUGAAUCUACAUUGUCAUCAUCUUCCUCAUCGUCAACAUUAUCUUCUGUUCACCAGUUACACUCAUUAUCAUCGUCAAGUUCUUCAUCUAAUAAUGAGAAUAUUAGUAGUGGCAGUAAUAAUAGUCGUAGUAGUAGUAGUAGAAGUUGUAGUGGUAGUAGUAAUAAUAGUGAUUCCAACGAUAUUGAUAAUAGAAAUUUGUCAAAAUUAUUAUAUUCUAACUUUCAUGAACAAUGCUUUAAUUCUUUUCGAAGUGGUGAAACUCAAGGUUCUGUAAUCAUAGAAGCAUUAAACUGUAUUCCAUGGUAUCAAUGUCUGUAUCCACAGACUGAAUUUCGUACAUUUUUAAAGUACCCUUUAUCAUAUAAAAUGUUAGUUUGUUUAUCACAGAAUCAUUCAACAGUAGAUAGUUAUCGUAGUUGUCGUGAUCGUCGUGGUAGCAAUCAUCGUAAACAUUCACGUCAAUAUCGUCGAUAUCCACCUCCUUCUAUUCUUCAGUCACAUUCUUAUCAAUAUGAUUACAAUUAUCAAUUAACUGGUGCAGAUAUGUUACAAGAUUUGUUAUUUUCCGAUUCGUUAAUUAUUCGCAUAACUACAAGAUAUUCUAUGCAUACUUUACUAACAUUUACUGCAACUGAGAACAGAGAUAAUGUCUAUUAUGCAUUGGAGCAAAUGUUCAAUUGGUUACCUAAUUAUGUUCCAUCGAAAAUAACACAAUCUGAUGAAUAUUUUAAUUUACUUGUUCAAAUCAUUCCAUUUAUGGAUAAUCAUGAACAAUUUUUACAAAGUGCACAUCAAUGGCUUAGAGAUGAAAUUGUCUGGCUUCGAUUAAUGAUAACUGGUCGUCAAUUAGGAUCAUGUGAAACACCUAUUUUUUCUUAUCCGUCUGUUGAUAUCACUCCACCGAUUUUCCACUGUGCUACAACUCCAGAAUCCACUGAUCAAUCAUCAUCACUAAACAAAGAAUGGAUAAGAUUCACUGCAUGCCUUAGACCAGAUACCAUUGUUCAUCAUUUUCAUAAUAUGUCUAUUGAGGAUAAAGAUUCCUUAAUUUGUGGACACUUGAGAAUUUGCAAAUCGUUAUAUCAAUGUUUUCUACAUUCUACUAAUUCAUCGUUACAAUUGUUAGCGAGCGAAGACUAUACUGAUCAACUGUUUGACCAAAUGAAACAAAUAUCAGGACAGAUAAACGACUUCCCAAUGAACAUUGUAAAUAGUGAUGAUAGAAACAAUAAUGAUAACGUUAAAUGCAUAAGUACUACAUCGGAAACUCUAAAUACUACUGAUCAACAAUAUAAUAACAAUACAUCGCAUUAUUUAAUAAAUCAAUUAUAUUUAGUUAAGGACUUAGUUGAAUUUUUAUUAUUUCCCGCUUCAAAACAAUAUAACGAAAUACGUAAAUCUACAAUAUGCUCACAAAUCAAUAAUCAACAUCACAUAUUAAAUUAUGACUACAACAACAAUUCUUAUUCUCCAUUAUCUACAUCACAUUUAUCAUGUUCAAGAAAACUAAUGAAUUCAACUUUUGAUUUUCUUCUAUCCAUAACUAAAUGUAAUUCAUUAAAUAGUCAAUUAUUAACAACUAUGCUGUAUGAUUUGAUUUUUUCCACCAAUGCAAGACCUAUGCAUUUCAACUGGAAUUAUAAUUUUGGAUUAAAUUCUAAUAAUUCAACAUCAUUAUUAUCAUCAUCAUCAAUAUUUUCUGAUCAUAUUGAUAAAAAUAAUUUGACUAAUAAUGAUUAUAGCAAUUAUAAUCGUAAUGAUAAUGAUAUAAGUAUUACACAUCGUUUUGUUGGUUUGAAAAAUGGUGGAGCUACAUGUUAUAUGAAUUCGAUUAUACAACAGUUGUUUACAUUGGAUCCAAUUCGUGAUUGUGUACUGAGUGCAAAUCCAGAAUCUCUACUGUUGGACUGUAACUUGUUGAUAGAUAAAGAAGCUUCGAAAGUGAUAAAUACUUCAACUGCACCUACAACUUUACCAAUCUCCGGUGAUGAUAUCGCUGACAAUAUUUGUCAACAAAGAUUAAAUGAGGAAUUGAAAAAUAGCACGGCAACAACAACAACUCAUGAUGAUCAAACAUCAAAAGAACCAGAGUUUCAACCUUUAAGUAAAGAGAAAAUUCAUCAUCUAAAUGUGUUAUAUCAUAUGCAAACAAUUUUUGGACAUUUAGCUUAUAGUCGUGUUAAAUAUUAUGCACCAGUAGAAUUUUGGCGUCAUUUUAAAUUUCGUGCAGAAGCUGUACAUGUUGGAGAACAACAUGAUGCAUUGGAAUUCUUUCAAAUACUCGGUAAUGAUUUGGAUGAAGCUUUAGAAUUAUGUAAAUUGCCUAAAAUUGUUGAAGUUGUGUUAGGUGGUAAAUUUGCCGAUCAAAAGAUCUGUUUGGAUUGUCCACAUCGAUAUACAAGUUAUGAAUCAUUUACUACACUCAAUGUUGAUAUAUUAGAUCAUAGAAAUCUAAUUGAUUCAUUGGAACAAUAUGUAAAAGGUGAAUUAUUAGAAGGAGAUAAUGCAUAUCAUUGUAGAAUGUGCAAUAAAAAAAUACCAAUAUUAAAACGUAUGUGUAUUCAAAAAUUACCAUUAGUAUUAACUAUUCAAUUGAAACGUUUCGAUUAUGAUUGGGAACGGGGUGUAUCACUUAAAUUUAAUAAUUAUUGUGAAUUUCCACGUCAUUUGGAUAUGCUACCAUAUACUGUGCAAGGUUUAAAAGACUCUACAGAUUCAUCGUCCUGUAUAACUACUGAUGUCAUCAAUAACACCAAUGAUAAUAAUAAUAAUGAUGAUAAUAAUCCAUGUACAAAAUAUAAUUUGCGCGGUGUAGUUGUUCAUAGUGGUCAAGCAUCAUCUGGACAUUAUUAUUCAUUUGUUCGACAUUAUCGACCUCGAACAAAAACAUUCAAAUGGUAUAAAUAUGAUGAUCAUAAUGUUAUCCCUGUUCGGUUAGAUAAAGAUGAAGAGGCUGUCGAUCAGUGGUUUGGUGGUGAAUGGAAAGUUCCACCUCAUGAUCUGUCGAAAUUUGCUCAUAUAAGAUCUGGUAAACGUUGGUGGAGUGCAUAUUUAUUAUUCUAUGAACGUGAAGAUUUUCAUGAACAAAUUAAAAACAUAUCAAUACCUAAAUUAGGUUCAAAUCCAAAACAAUCAAGAUUAACUAAACGUGUACAAGACAUUGUAAAUUGGCAGAAUAUUGAACACUUACAUCAUCGUAUUCAAUUUGAUCCAUUGCUUCCAGAAUUUAUCUAUAAUUUAAUUAAUAAUAAUAUACAAUUGUGUAUGACUAAUUCCAGUGCCUAUCAGAAUUUAGGAUUUAUUACUGUAGAGUUAUUACUUCAUUUUAUUUUUCUACGUUAUCAUGUGGUCAUAUCAAAUUGGAAAUCUUGGCUACUUUUAUUCAUCAAAUUGAUUUCAAUUAGUGCGCCAAUAAGAUGUGAAUUAAUUAAAACAAUGUUUCUAGCAUCACCGGAUCAAAUUAGAUUUUUACAAUUCCAUUGUCCUUAUCCUGAAAUGCGAUUUUUCAGUGCCGCUCUUAUCAUUUAUAUCUGUCAUUUAUGUAUGAAUGAUCCAUCUGUACAGUGUGAAGAUAUUCUACAUUCUUUUAUUUCAUUGGUUAAUAGUUCUAACACUAUUACUAAUACUACUGAAAGCAGUGACAAUAAUAAUAGUAAUUGUUGUUCUAGUGUAUGUAAUACAAGGUCUACAUCAACCAACACUACUAAUACGACCACUUCUCCAAAUAUUGAAGUCACUGCCAAUACCACAAAAACAACUACUGCUGCUACUACUACUACUACCGUUAGUGUCUUGUCUUAUUUAUUAAGGUCUACAUUGAAUGAAACAAAAUCACCAGUUUUUGUUGAAAAUUCAACCGUAGAUAACGCACAGAUUACUGCUCGAAUAUAUUCUGCCACAUGUUUUAUUAAUCGUUUUAUAAAUUUACCACAGAAACGUUCUUCCUGUUCUUUACAAAAUGAUUCCAAUGAUAGUGAUGGUAAUAAUAAUUUAUAUAAUCAGAUGAUUAAUCCAGGAGAAUGUUUAAUACAACUGAUAGUACAUCAGUUGCAUUUCUCUCCAAAUACAUUAGCACUAUCAUCAAAUAAAUCUUUCCAGGAACAACAACCAAAUUAUCAUCAACCCUAUUCUACAAUUCGAUCAGGAAAUCCUUCAUCAUCUUCAUUUCCUAUGAAUGCUGCGGUUACAUCGACACUUCAGUCUAUUAUGCCAGUACCAUCAACAUCAUCAUCGACUACGUUAUACCAUUCUGCUAUUAUUAAUAAUAAUCCUUCUACAUCAUUACCAUCAUCAUCAUUAUCAACUAUGUGUCCUUCCUCUGUAAUAUGGGCACAGUAUUUUGCUAUUUUGUUAGAUUAUGCAAAUUAUGGUAACCAAGAAUGUUGUUAUCUGUUAAAACUGCAUGUCCCGGAAAUUUUAAUCAAUUAUAUGCUGUCCUAUGAAGUUAUGUUGAAAACUGUUGGAACUUCACCAUCAGGAACAACAGCAUCAAUACCGUAUACUCUUUCAUCUUCCCUUCCCGGUUGGAACCAAGAAUCGCGUAAUUACGAUUGUAUACAAACAUCUAUCAGACGUUUAUACAACGAAUUAUCUAUGGAAAUUCAGUCACUCAACUGUGCAAAUUUGCGGCUUUCAUCGUGUUUAGAUACUCUAGUCUAUGCACUUCUAACUAAUUCAACAGUUUCAACUACAGCAUCGAAUUCAAAUUUCGAUUUUUACAGUCACUAUAAAUAUGAUUAUAAUGAUACAAUGAACAAUGAACAAAAUAAUUUAACCACAAUUAGUAACCAUGAUUUUAAUACUACUGUGUCUAGUCUUAUCACGUAUUGUGGUUUAAAAAUCUCACUGGAUUUAUUAUCUUAUCUAGUCAGAUCUUGUGAAAUUCCAUCUCAUUACCUCAGUUUCUCACCACGACUAUCUUCGUCAUCACCAUCCUUUUCUACGACAACCUCAUCUGCUAACUGUUAUUCUUCAGCAAAAACCGAAGACCAAGUCUCACAUAAAAUAAACAAAACAGAGAAAUGUUGUGAACCGCAUGGAACUUGUCCAAUCAUUUCCGAAUCGUUUUUAACUGAUACACAAGCUAAGUCAAUAUCUACCAAUCAGCACAAUCCUUAUUGUGUAACAUCUACUCCAUUGGUCACUCUUUCUAAUUCUUUAAUUCAAUUAUUUUUCUCUAACCAAUCAGAACGUACUGUUAAACGUUUCACAGGGUCACUCCUUAAUCCAAUCACAUUUAAACCUAUUUCGGAUAUUCUAUUGUUCCUCUCCUAUGAAAAUAUGAAUUUUUCAGAUCUUAUUCUCAGGGAAUUAGUUUAUUCCAUUUUGCAUCCAUGUGAUUUAGACAGUAUAUUAAAAUUAUUAGAACGUCUAUUACAGGUGUCAGAUUCAUUAAAAUCUGUACGUAUACGUCUUCUGUUCAGCUAUUCCAAUGAUGUUGAUUUAUUCAAACUAUUAAAUUCCAAUUUUAUUUAUGAAACAAAUACUGCUGCAUAUCAAGUAUUUUAUUUAUUCCUUAAUUUACUAUUCACGGAUCCGGAUGUUAUCACUUAUUUAUCCAACGAAAUCUAUUUGGUUAAAGUAUUAAGUGAGCUUACUGCAUCAGCUUUGGAUAGUUUGAAAUUAGACACAUCGGAUAAUUGGCUUGAUGAUAAAGAAAAAACAAUAGAAGCAUUGGAACAAGCUGGACGAAUUCUAAUGAAUUUGAUCCCUUCAAUUGUGACGCUUCCAAACGAUAUGAUUGGUGUGAUGGAAAAUGAUAGUGUACAAGAUGAUGACUGUGAUCUUGAUGAUGAUAAUGCUAACAGUGAUGAGAACCAAAUCACGAUUGCCAACAAAAAUAACAACGAAACUCAGUAUGAUAAUCGAUUUUCAAGUUGGGGAAAAAGUGAAGAGAAUGAUGAUGCUGAUGUUGAGGAGGAAGAGGACGACAAUGAUGAUUAUGGUGCUGAUGAUGAUGAAGGAGAAGAAAUAGAUGAGAGAAAUGACCAUUUGAUUACAUCACUAUGUCGUAUCACCUCUUCAUCUCUGUCAACAUCUGAUGAUCCUGAGCUGGAUCAUUUACCUUCAAAUCAUGAAUACAUGAUUAGUCGUAAUACAACAAGGACUAGCACUAGUACAAUAGUUGAUGCCAGUCUAGAUAUUUUUAAUCAUACAUGUAUCACUGCCGGUCCACCGGCCACUACUACUUAUACUACUAUUACUACUGCGAGUAGUAAUAAUAAUAACGAUAGUAAUGUUAAUAACAGUAGACAAAUAUACGGACAAUUAUUAUCAUGUGGUACAUUGCCUGGGGAAACAGUAUCUCAAAAACAACAUGAAGAAAGUCACUUUAACAGUUCCAACGAUAACAAUCAUAAAUUGAAUGAUAACAAAGAGUAAUAAUGAAUAAUAUGAACAAAAAACCAAAUCAGUUACCCAUUGUUUUCUCAUCUUGCUAGAUCUUUCUCUUUAUUGAUUAAUUCGUCAACUGUUAAGAUGGAUCACUAACAUUACCUUUUCUUUUCCUACUGUUUACAUUUGAUUACUUGUUGUCAACAUGAUUACCAAUAGUUAAUUGAUUAUCAAUAAAAUGCCAAGUAAUAUCUAUAUGUACACUAUAUAUAUUUUACCAACUAAUAUACUAACUAACAUUAAUAAUGAUAAAUACCUCUGACCAUAAUAUUACAAAGAAAAUUGAGUAAUUCUAUGCUAACGUUCGGUCUCUCCUAAGCUCUUUCAUUGUAUCAUCAAAUGAAUUCAUGUAAAGAUAUUUAUAUUUCUAGAAUGUACAUAUUCACUCUCGUAUGUAUUUGCUUAGUAAGUUCAUAUUGUUCAAUAUACUACAUAAGAUCAUUCAUUAACAAUAUCGCUUUUGUUGUUUUGGUUUGUUUUUUUUUGCAUUAUUAUUCAUAUUACCCCCUUUCAGAUAUUACAUCAUAGUAAGUCUCUAUUGUCUCUAUGAUUAUUAUUAUUAUUAUUAUUAUUAUCUUACCUUAUUCUUCAAGCUGUUUUGUUUGUAUUAAUUUAUAUAGGGUUGAAUAACGACUGAAUCGAUAAGACUUACUCAUUGUCUAUUCAAUUCUUUUCUUUCUUUCCCUCUUUUUUUUUUUAAAUUUUUUGUUACAGCUUAUAAUCAUAUUUCUUUAACAUUUUGAUCACUUCUCAAGUUAUCAUUGUUACUCUCUCUCUCUCUGUCUCUCUACCUCCUUCCCUCCCUUCCUCUCUCCCCAUUAAGUUUCACUAUUAUAUAACAAUUAAAUAUCAGCUAAUUUAUUGCUUAUUGUAUUUUAACAAGCUGAUUUGUUUAAAUAACCCGGUUACAAAUAAUUAGUUUUUAAAAAAAAAAUUAAUAAAUAUUUAUUUAUUUUUUUACAAACAAUUUCAAUGAUAACUAUAUAUAUGCUUCAAAGAAAACUUUUAUUCUUUGGUUAUCAUUUAUUGUUGAUUAUCAUAUAUUACAAUAAUAUACAUAGAAAUAUAGAUUUACCGGGUCUAUUCAUUUAUGCUUUAUGUAGUGAAAGUAAUGGUUUGUUUGUUUGUUUUUAUUUUUUUGGUUUCCAUCUUAGUUACUUCGCCUUUCCAUCUUUUGUUCACUUUCAUUUUUGUCUGUCUAUCUAUCUACCGAUUUAGGUAUUAUUAUAUCAGUGUAUAAAUGAUAGUUGUCAAGAUACAAAUCGUCUACAUUUUAUUACAAUCAUUAUGAUUUAUUAUCUCUUUUCUUUUUCUUUUCUUUUUUUCUUUUUUUCUACAAUUCUAAAGAUGAAAUGAAGGAAUGUUUUCUAUUUGUAUUAAAGAAUUAAUUUCAUAUAAACACUAUGCUGAAUGUACUCUUUGUUUGUUUGUUUUUCUGGUCUUAUAUAUUAUUAUACAUAUAUAUAUAUAUAUAUACACACACACAUGGAAGUUUGUUUGUUUUUCUCCAUUUGAAUUACAAAUAAACUAUGUGAUAUGCCUAUAUAUGUAUUUUGUUUUCUCCUAUUUAUUCAUAGGUAUCUAUGCGCACAUAGGUCUGUUUCUUUUUGUGUGUGUGUGUGUUUACAGUUUGUUUGAUGAAAUGGUUUUCAUUCUCCCUUGUUUUUUUCUACUUAAUGCUUAACAUUAUUGUUGUUUGUUAUUCAAUUAUAUUAUCAGAAAUAAAUGAGUUUAUCUUUGUAUUGUCUAUGUGCCGUUUCUUGUAUUGUUUAAUCUACGUUAGUAAAUAUAGACUGUUUGAGUAAGACCUGAAAUUUUUUAAAAAAAAAUGUUUAUAAUCAGUGAUUAUAUGUGAUAUAGAGUGGAAUCAGUCAUAAUGAUAAAGUUGUAUACAUUUUCUACCUUAAAUAUCUAACUUUCAUUUGUAAUGUUUCCUUUUGGACUGUAGUUCUCAUGUUUAGACAUUAUUAC